AUGGCAUGGCAUGGCAUGGGCAGAGGCUUGUUCGGUCCAGUGCGGGCUGACGUUACACACCUGCCAUACCUACCCGUCGCUGCUAGUACCGGUACCGCUUACCGGUAG